AAAUUGUGUUUAAUGCUCACCUGGAAUAUAUUUUCUUUUCAUCUUCUUUUCACACAUCAUUUAUCGGAAAAUCUGAUCAUCAUUUACUUCACUGUUUUUGACGUGAUAAAUUAAUAUCAUUGAUCAUUAAAUGCUACAUAUCAAACAACAAACAUAAUCAUCAAAGUAAUAAGAAAAAUGCGACGAAGAAAAAGUUCUUGUCCAAAUAUUGAACCACGACGUACAUCGGCAACACCAAAUCGUAGUAGUAUGAAACUAGAUCUUUAUAUUGAAGAUGAUGAAUUACAAACAACACCAUUACGUCGUAAUUCACCAUCACCAACAUCUGUUUAUCAUGAUCAUCAUCAUCAUAAUAAUCAAAAUAAUAAUCGUCGAAGAUCAUCAACAACUAAUAACAUAGAAGAUACUGCCGAAGAAGUACUUUGUCUUCGUCUAUUGAGUACACGUACACGUUAUCGUUUUGGUGGUUUACGUGUUAAUCUAAUAAGUCCAGUAUUUAAUAUGAAUAAAUUAUUUAAUGUUGAAUUUGAUCAAGAUAGUCAGAUUUCAUUGAUUAAAAGUCAACAAUCAAGUUUUGAUCAACAACAACAACAACAAACACCAGAUAUGGAAUCAUUUUUUCGAAACAAUAAUGAUUUACAACAACCAAAAUCAACACGUGAAGGUAGAUGUGCUACAAUUGUAAUUGAACCUGAAAGUGAAGAACAAAAAGAUGAAAUUACCAGACAAUUACCAUUAUUGACAGCCGAUUUAACAUUAUUAGAAGAAACAUCCAAUCCAAUUAAUAGCUCAAAUAGUAAAACUAAUGAUAAUAAUAAUUAUGUUAAAAAUACAAAUAAUGAUAAUAAUCAACAUCAUCAAACAGCACGUAGUUUAACUCGGAUACCGGAACCAGAAUCAAAUGAACAAUCAUCAAUACGACGAUAUGCAAAACGUCAUCAAUCAACAUCAUCGAUCAAUCAUAAUAAUCAAAAUAAUAAUAAUAAUGAUAAUAUAAAAUUUGAAAGUGUUAAAGUUUAUACAAAAGUUGAACCAACUGAUCCAAAUUUAAUUAAUUUAGAUACGAAAAUUGAUUCAUUUAAUUAUCAUUAUCAACCACAACAACAAACAUCUCCAUCAAAAAAGAAAAAUCAACAAAAAGAUAAGGAAAAAUCAUCAUCAUCAACAACAACAACAACAACUAAAAAAAUUAAAGAUAUGCGUCGUCAUACACAUUUUUAUUGUCAUAUACCAACAUCGUUAACAUUAUCAUCAUCCACAUCAUCAUCAUGUCAAAAAUAAUCACUAAAUUAAUUUAUCAUGAUGAUAAAACCGAGAAAAACCGAAACCAAAAAAAG